AUGAACUUCUCCAACCAGUCAGCCUUGGAUUUCGUUCUAAUCUCCCAGGAGUAUAGCCCUCACGCCCCUGGAAGAUGGCCUUCUGCGUCCCUGCCUACUACCCCAAAUCCCGUUGAAAGUCAGUCAUGGAUGCAGUUCAGCUGGGCUCAAGUUGCCUUUACCCUUAUAGUUAUCUGGCCCCUUACUGUGGCGAUCCUACGACACUCGAGAGAGCGGCAAAGGAGGAAACGCUUUAACUUCCCUACGAGAGAUUCGUUUGCCAAAAUGACUGUCCGCGAUGCUUGGGCUAUCCAACUUGAUCUUAUGGACACAGAGACCUCCUUUUUCUUCAUGCUUGCACUUAAGUUUGCCAUUUUCUCGGUGAACGGUAUACCUUCCAUUUCCGGUUUGCUGGUCAGGACAAAUAAGCUCCCUUCGGAGCGUGUUCACCUUCGAUAUUCCAUGACCUCUGUCAUGAUAGCCGAAUUUCUCGCCUUUCCACCUGACGAUGAAAGGGCGUUACAGGCUAUAUCUCGAAUGAAUAAUAUCCACCAAACAUACCAGAGAGCCGGCCAAAUUUCAAACGAUGAUCUGCUAUAUACUCUCGGGCUUUUUGCCUAUCUCCCUGUCCGGUGGGUUGGUAAAUAUGACUGGCGUGAACUUACAGACAUGGAGAAGUGUGCCUUGGGAACCUUUUGGAAAGAUAUCGGUGACUGUAUGGAAAUUGACUAUUCUCAGCUCCCGUCUUCUAAGUCUGGCUGGAAAGAUGGUCUCCACUGGCUUGAGGAAGUUACGGAAUGGGGGGAUCAAUAUGAAGAAAAGAACAUGGUUCCCUGUGCUAGCAACCAGCUAGUUGCCCUCUCCGCCAUUGGUAUCAUACUCUAUAUCGUCCCUGACUUCCUAAAGCCGACAGCAAAGAAAAUGAUAUUUGCUUUACUCGAAGAUCGGAUGAUAAAGGCGCUAAUGUAUGUAUACCGUCAGCUCUUUUGUUUGUGUACCUCUUUAUAUUCUAACCACCUCUACAACGCAUAUAGGUUGCCUGAAUCAUCCAACCUUUACAAGAUCUCUGUCAAAACCAUACUCAAUGCUCGGCGUUUCAUAGUCCGCUACUUCUUUCCGCCUCGUCCUUCAUGCAUGCGCUUUCAACCACUGAGUACAAAGGCCGACAAGGAUGGCAGGUAUUAUCUACAAACAUACGAUUCCAAACCUUUCUACAUCAAACCGACAAUAUCAUCACGCUGGUUUUCUCCCGCUGCCAUUGUUAGAAGAGUUCUUGGCCUGCCUUUGCCAGGGGAUAAUGGUAACGAAUAUUACCCUCGUGGGUAUCGGUUAGAAGAGCUAGGUCCAUCCUGGAUCCUAGCCAAAAAGACCAUCAACCAAGAUGUUAAAAUUGCCCGUCAAAGGCUGGACCAAAACCACACCACUGGCUGUCCCUUUGGGUAA